AUGGUAUUGUUAAAUGGAAGGUCAAACUCAGAUUCUCCGGCGAAUUGGACCUUUGUCGGGCAUCAGGGUAGAAGCGUAACAGAUUUAAUCUGGGCAUCUUUGGAUGACCUUGAAAUUGUAGAAGACCUGAAGGUGCUCCCUUUGGCAACCUUAUCCGACCAUCUACCUGUGGCUGUUUAUUUAAAAGAUUCAAAAACAGAAGUUUGUGAUUACGGAUCAGAAAAGACUACGUCUUGGAAAUUAAAAUUUGAUAAAUUAAAAUCUGAGGAGUUUACAGGUAUCAUGCGAUGGAGGGAUGAGGUUGCGAAUGUGGAGGGCGACAUUGAUAAAUUAAAUGACAAUUUAAUUGGAACUGUGACUGAUGUUGCAGAUAGACUAGGUAUGCGAAUAAAAUGUGAACAAAGGUCUGUUUUUAUUUCACGAAAUAAACCUUGGUUUGACAAGGAAUGUCGCGAUGCGAAGUGUAGCAUGGUGAUGGCUUUUAAGGAUCUCUGGGAAAAUGAUUCAGAAGCGGAAAAACUUGCAUCUGCCAAAAACGCGAGCUUUUUUUGGACCAUAGUAAAUAGUAAACGUCGUAAAGGCAAUAGUAAUAAAGAUAAUAUUACUCUAGAGAAGUGGCAGUCUCACUUAAAUGUGAUGUUUCCACAAGUCAACGAAGAAUGGCCUAUUUUACCCCAGAUAACACAUCCCAUACUAGACAAAUAUAUUGAAAUAAAAGAAAUAUUAAGUAGUUUCAGUAAAUUUAAGGAAAAAAAGUCUCCUGGAGUUGACUUAGUAAAUUUCAGUUUUCUCAAGAGACUUCCAGAAAACUGGAUGCUGUUUCUCGAAUACUUUUAUAAUAAAAUAUUAGACUCUGAAAAAGUCCCGAAAGCCUGGGGCUCCUUGGUUAUCUCCAUGCUACAUAAAAAGGGCAAUUUGUCCGAACCAGAAAAUUUUAGACCAAUAACCUUGGUAAACAAUAUAGCAAAGGGAUUCACUCAAGUCUUGUCAGAGAGACUAAUAGAAUGGAUGGAUGAAAACAGCGUUGUCCCCGAAUUUCAAUCCGGUUUUAGGCGGGGUAGGGGAGUAGCUACCUCGUCUAAGGCUGCAGAGAAUGCGACUCUAAGCGUAAUUACUAAUAUUAAGGCGGACACUUGGUCCACCUACAAUAAACUCUUCGAGAGUUUAGUUAAAAGUAUUCCGUUCUACGCAAUAGAGGUCUGGGGUCAGAAAUGCACAAAUUCAUUAGAGAAAAUACAAUUAUCUUUCUUUAAAAAACUCUUAUGGAUCCCUCUUAAUACUCCGAGUUAUGCGGUGCGUUUGGAGACGGGGAGGCUGCGCUUGGCUUGUGCCGUGCUCUCAAGAACAAUGUCUUGGAUAAAUAAAAUAAAUAAAAUGGACAAUACAAGGUUACCAAGGCUAUGUCUUGAGAGACUGAUGGAGUUGGCUAGGCGUGGAGGAUCCGGUUCCGAACUCAAUUGGUAUUCACAAAUUAAACAUUUUUUUGAAUAUUCCGGCAUGAAGGAGUUAUGGGAUUUAUCAGAUAUAGAAAACUUAGUAAGAAAUUCAAAUGAUUUAAUUGCAAAAUUUACGGAAAAAUGCUUGCUACAGGAUUUAGAGGACAGAAGCUAA